GGAGGACCCAGCUUAAUCAGACACCAGAGCCCUCAACAGGGAAGAAAGAUGUCGGAUGAAGAGGAUCUGGAAGAUUUUGAGCCAGACCAAGAUGAUCUGGAAAGAGAAGAUGAUGAGAAGGAGACAGAGGAGUGGGACGAAGACAGGAAAGAGGAGGAAGACUUCUUAGAGGAAUGGAUGCCCACACCCCUCAUGGAGGACAUGAUGAAGGAAGGGCUUUCUUUGCUCUGUAAGACUGGCAAUGGAUUGGCCCAUGCUUAUGUCAAGCUGGAGGUUAAAGAGAGAGAGCUGACAGACAUCUACUUGCUACGUUCCUACAUCCAUCUGCGCUAUGUGGAUGUUUCUGAGAACCAUCUGACAGACUUGUCCCCACUCAAUUACCUCACCCACCUGCUCUGGCUCAAGGCUGAUGGCAACCGGCUGCGGAGUGCCCAGCUGAAUGAACUGCCCUACCUGCAGGUUGCCAGUUUUGCCUAUAACCAGAUCACUGACACUGAGGGCAUCUCUCAUCCUCGACUGGGCACCCUGAAUCUCAAAGGGAACAACAUCCACAUGGUGACAGGUCUGGACCCCCAAAAGCUAAUCAGUCUGCACACACUGGAGCUUCGAGGGAACCAACUGGAAAGCACACUGGGAAUCAACCUUCCUAAGCUGAAGAACCUCUUCCUGGCCCAGAACAUGUUGAAGAAAGUGGAAGGCUUAGAGAACCUAACAAAUCUCACUACCCUGCAUCUUCGAGACAACCAGAUAGAAACUCUGAGUGGCUUCUCUGAGAAAAUGAAAUCAUUGCAGUACAUCAACCUGAGGGGCAACAUGGUAACCAGUCUGCGGGAGCUCACCAAGCUUCGGAACCUGCCCAAGCUUCGAGCCUUGGUGCUGCUGGACAACCCAUGUGCAGAUGAGAGUGACUACCGCCAGGAGGCCCUGGUGCAGAUGGCACACCUGGAACGUCUGGACAAGGAAUUCUUUGAGGAGGAGGAUCGGGCUGAGGCCACUGAGAUUCGUCAGAGGUUGAAGGAGGAGCAGGAGCAGGAGACUGAUCCUGAUCACGACACAGAACUGGACCAGCCAUCGAUGUAGCUGCAGUUCUUCUACCCUUCAAGGAUAG